AGUCUGCGAGCCUUUCAUUUUGUUAUCUCCAGGAUUCUGAUCCCUCGCACUCAAUCUCUCGACGUCAUUCUUCCUCUUGAUCUGUGGAUUAUGGUUCAUGCUAUUUCCAACGUUCCUCUGGAUUUCUCUUAUCUUCUCUUCGGUGUCUUUAUGACAUAUGGAGAUACUAGUUAUCCUGGUCCCCUUCCCUUUGGUCCUUCAAUCACCCAACUUGUUAUUCGACUUGGCAUUCCUACCUCCUCCUUCCGCACUGAACUUAGUGCUCGAUUCCUAUCCAUCGAUCAAGUUCUUGACCAGUUGGAGCUUGCAAACGAGGGGGAGAUGGCUGCUGAUGAACCUGAAGAGGAGGAUGCUGACAUGAUCAACGACAUAGAUGUUGUGCCUGAAGCGAUUCCUGAAGAGAAUCCUGAAGAAUAUCCUGUGGCAGGAGAAGAUGUGGAGAAUGUCAUUGAAGAUAUGGAUGAUCUUGAUGGUGACUCUCUCGAUCAGUUCGCUGCAGCACUAGCCUUUGUUGAAGAGGGUUUUUACGUUGCUGCUGCUGCUGCUGUAGCACCUGGUGGGCUGUCUGGAGGUUUGGUAGACUACAGCUCGGAUGAUGAGUCAGUUUAGGGGGAGAACUGUUUAGGGGGCGAACUGUUUGAGAUUAACUUUCUUCUUGGGGGAGCUCUUGUCUCCAUAUGUUUACUGUUAGCUCUUUUGACUUGCUUGAUCUGGUUUGUUGGAUGCUUUAUUGUUUUGCUGGAUCUGGUUUGUUGGAUGCUUUGAAUUGCUGGAUCAAGUUUGCGAGAUGCUAGUUCGUUUUCUUUGUGUUGCUCUUGUGGUUUGCUGUGCUUUUGUGUUUUACCUCUUUUUGCAGGAUUUAUAUCAUUUGCAAUCUCUGAUCUAGGGGGAGAUUGUUGGACGAGAUCAGAGCUAAUCAUACAAGGAAAGCUUGCAAUUUUUGGUAAUUCCUUGCUUCAUCAAAGCUAAUCACCAACGACCCUCUUCUCCAACGGUCUGCUAGAGGAGGAUUAUAUAAACGCUGGUUUGCGGU